GGUCAAAGUAUAAAAAUCAAAUGUGUAACUUUUUCAAUCAUUAUUGAAAUCCUCACUUCAGGACAUUACGCACUGUUGUAGUGAGUUUUUUUAUUUAAUAAAAUAGGAAUAAAUAUACAGAAAUAUGCGUGAGUGUAUUAGUGUACAUGUUGGCCAGGCUGGUGUUCAGAUUGGCAAUGCAUGCUGGGAACUGUAUUGUAUGGAACAUGGCAUCCGAGUUGAUGGUGUCAUGCAAGAUGCCAAAACUUUCUCUGAUGAUUCUUAUAAUACUUUCUUCAGUGAGACAAGUGCUGGUAAACACGUUCCCAGGGCAGUUUUUGUGGAUCUUGAACCUACUGUUGUUGAUGAGAUAAGAACUGGCCCAUACAGAACUUUAUUCCAUCCCGAACAGCUGAUUACUGGUAAGGAAGAUGCAGCUAAUAACUACGCCCGAGGACAUUACACCAUCGGUAAAGAGAUCGUAGAUUUGGUGUUGGAUAAAAUUCGAAAACUUUCGGACCAAUGUACGGGUUUACAAGGAUUCCUUAUUUUUCACAGCUUUGGAGGAGGGACCGGUUCUGGUUUUACAUCGCUGCUAAUGGAACGUUUGAGUGUAGAUUAUGGAAAAAAGUCUAAGCUGGAGUUUGCUAUCUAUCCAGCUCCCCAAAUUUCCACAGCCGUUGUAGAGCCCUACAACUCCAUCCUCACAACUCACACGACCCUCGAACAUUCUGAUUGCGCCUUUAUGGUAGACAACGAGGCUAUUUACGACAUUUGUCGACGUAAUUUAGACAUUGAACGUCCUAGUUAUGUUAACUUAAAUCGUUUGAUAGGACAGGUUGUCAGUUCGAUCACUGCUUCAUUGAGGUUUGACGGAGCUUUGAACGUUGAUCUGACAGAAUUCCAGACCAAUUUGGUGCCUUAUCCUCGCAUCCAUUUCCCUCUCGUAACGUAUGCCCCAGUCAUAUCUGCCGAGAAAGCGUACCAUGAGCAACUUUCCGUUGCCGAGAUUACCAAUGCCUGUUUUGAACCCUGCAAUCAGAUGGUAAAAUGUGAUCCAAGACAUGGUAAAUAUAUGGCUUGCUGUUUAUUGUUCCGAGGAGAUGUGGUUCCCAAAGACGUCAAUGCUGCCAUUGCCACGAUUAAGACCAAGAGAUCAAUUCAGUUUGUUGACUGGUGUCCCACAGGGUUCAAAGUUGGCAUCAACUACCAGCCACCCACAGCUGUUCCCGAUGGUGAUUUGGCGAAAGUUCAGAGAGCCGUCUGCAUGUUGAGUAACACCACUGCUAUUGCUGAAGCCUGGGCUCGACUCGAUCAUAAAUUUGAUCUCAUGUACGCAAAGAGAGCUUUUGUCCAUUGGUAUGUUGGUGAAGGUAUGGAAGAAGGAGAAUUUGCAGAAGCUAGAGAAGAUUUGGCAGCUCUAGAGAAGGACUAUGAAGAAGUCGGUGUUGAUUCUGCGGAAGGAGAUGGAGAUGAGGAGGAGGACGAAUUUUGAUGACGCCAUUCCUUAUACUUAUUUAUGUGAUGCAAUCUUAACUCCAAGUGCAAUAAAAAAGAUUCAUUCCUA